AUGUCGUUCACAUCCGAAGCGGAUCUGCCUUGUCCUCCUGAGACACUUAUAGACCCCCCUCCUGAUGAGGAAGAUACAGUUAUCCCUCCCGCAUGGAGUCAUUAUCCGGAGCUAUUGCCGGAGAACUUGGUCUCUCCUGGACCAGGACACUUGGGCAGCGCAGUGCUUAUGAGUCAUGUUUGCCAGCGUUGGCGGCAACUUGCUCUCGACCAUGCUACCUUGUGGGCGCAUACAAUCGGGCUACUCCCCAAACAGGUCGAGAUCAUGGUGUCUCGUAGCAAAACGUCUGACCUGCAUGUCAUGCUUUAUGGGGCAUGCGACCGACCUGACCCCGAUCUGGUGCUUGAGUACUUCAGGCGUAACCCACAAGCCUCGAGCCGCAUACGCACUCUCAUCUGGGUCGACGCUCGUAUCAGUCACUUCCGUGACAACUAUUGCAGCCCAGGCGCGUCCGGUCUGCUCACCCAGUGUGACCUGAGUGGCUUAGUUGAUCUGACGGUCUUCGCCCGUGAGACCUUUCGUUUCGAGGACACUCCUAUCGAUCCCGAGUGGGGAUCCACCCAUUUCAUUCACAUCGAUCUUCCUGCAUUAAAAUCGGCCAGCAUACACGACACCGUCUUCGCAUUUCACAACGCGCGAAAUCUCACGACACUCUCUCUACAAAUGCUGGACGAACUAGACCGCGAUGACCCGUUCGGGAACCUUUUCUUUAAUCUUGGCCAACUUCUUUGCUGCCUGAACAUGUAUAAGGACACCCUUGAGUCCUUGGAGUUGAGCAGUGUGCGCUACACUGUCUUCAGGCCGUUCGUAUACGAUGUGAUUGCUGCGGCUUUCGAAUCGGUCGAUGAAGCCAUCAUUCAGUUCUCUCGCCUUAGCAAGCUUGUCGUUCGCGAUGAGUUUUGGCAGCCAGAGUAUCUCUCCUCUGACGAUGAGGGGAUAGAAGAUCAACCAUACGCCGAACCCAUACCGCUCAUAUAUGCGUCGGCUUCUCCGCUCGCCAUCUUCUUCUCUUUCCUCUCUUAUCCAAAGACUGCCGAUGUCACUCUCCACGUCGUAUGUGAAUCUGAAGGAUCAGCUGAGACUAUGCACAAGGUCAUCCCGACGUUAUACGGUGCUGGGACACCAUACUGCGAUGCAUCGCGCGUUCUUUUCAGGCCGGAUCUUGACGAGAUUUGGAUAGCCUUCUACAGUCUUCCUGAAGAGAUCCGUCUCACUUAUCCAGAGGUCGAUGACAUUGAGGUUGUUGACCCAUGGCUUGAUACGGUUUUUGGCCUAUUUGUGCCGGAACACGACACCCUGACGCAUAACCGUCGUCCCUCCCUAUCAGUCAUGAUUUCCUAUGGCGACUUCCCACACCCUCCAGAUAUUGUCAAAACACUUCUUGGAGAUGAUGUGGAUCUUGCAGCACUCGCUGUGCGGAGUGCAAAUGAGGACGAUUACUCCCAGCUGCAACAGUUCAUCGAUUCUACAGCCAACCCGGGCUUCACUCGCUGGGAGCCGUUGGCAGGAGCCAUGGGAGAGAGUACAGGCGACACCGUAGUGGCAGCCGGUGCUGGAGUUGAUGGAGGCAGAGAAGAAAGGAUGGAGAGGGUGAGCAAUUAG